CAUAGAAUCAAAUAUUAAAUAGUACAAAAUCAGCUCAUUAAUAGUAGAUUGAAGCAUUUUCAGGCAUAGUAGCUAAUAAAGUGAAAAUCGUCAUUUUUCCUAUCCAAAACUCUUCCUGAAUGUUGAACCCAAAAUUUCAGAAGUUCGUUAGUCCAGUUAGAGAAAGAAGUGGACUAUACUAUGGUUUCAGGCACCGGUUCUUCUGUCUUCCAAAGGUUAGAGAGAGAAAUGGCUUCAAAUCUCAGGCACCCGUGCUUCUCUCUUCAAUGCUCCCAAAAUGAACAAGUCCCAUUUUAUAGAGAGAGAAGUAAACCAGGAUUGCAGGCACCUUCUUCUCCCUCCUUUUCUCUCAUAAAAUUUAAAUGUCGGUUAAUUUAGAGAGGUAUAAUGGUCGCUGGUUGGAGCCACCAGUGCCUUUUUCUCAUAAAGAGGUGCACCACCAUCAAACAAGUACACCAAAUUCAUUCUCUCAUGAUCACGACGGGCCUCUCUCACUGCAACUUUGCCAUGAGCAAAAUCAUCCAUUUUUGUGCAGUUUCGGAUCCAAAAAACCUCGAAUAUGCUUUGUCACUCUUCAAUCAAGUAACUAAUCCAACCAAUUUUAUAUGGAACACCAUGAUCAGAGGAUUCUCCAUUAGCCAAAACCCUCAAAAAGCAAUCCUCAUUUUCACCAAAAUGCUUCAAAAGUCUUUGUCUCCUGAUAAGCACACGUUCCCUUUCGUCCUAAGAGCUUGUGUAAACUCUAAACAAGGGAAUGUGAUUUAUACCCAUGUCCUAAAAAAUGGCUUAGUCCAUGAUACAUUUGUUUGUAAUUCUCUUAUUGCAAUGUAUUCUAAAUGUGAUGCUUUGGAUUGUGCAUAUCGCGUGUUUGAUGAAACCCCACAAAGAGACGUGGUCACGUGGACAGCUCUGAUUGAUGGCUAUGUUCGGGCUAAUCGGGCAACUAUGGGCCUAGAUUUGUUCGCUAAGAUGAGAUUGGUUGGUAUUGAACCAGAUGAGAUAACCAUGGUUAGUGUUCUCUGUGCAAUUGGGUUAGUUGGGGCUUUGCGUUUGGGGAGAUGUGUCCAUGCUCACUUUAUAGAGCCAAAGAAAGUUAUUUAUGACUCAAUUUUGGGUUGCGCACUUCUUGAUAUGUAUGCCAAGUGCCAAGACAUUGAUAGUGCUCGUUUAGUUUUCGACAAGAUGCCUUAUGGAAACUCUAUUGCUUGGAGUGCAAUGAUAACUGGAUAUAUACAGUGUGGCAGGUUUAAGGAAGCAUUGGAUUCUUUGCAAGACAUGCAUAAGGAGGGGUUAAGGCCUGAUCAAGCAAUACUGGCAAGUGUGCUUACUGGGUGUGCACAAUUGGGUGCCUUGGACCAAGGUAGAUGGAUUCAUGCAUAUAUAGAAAGGAACAAAAUUGACUUAAAUUUGAGGUUAGGAACGGCACUUAUAGAUAUGUAUGCUAAGUGUGGGUGCAUAUUUCAAGCAUUCAAUGUUUUUAAUUCAUUGCGUAAUAAGGAUGUGUAUCCAUGGACGGCCAUGAUUGGAGGAUUGGCAAUGAACGGUAGUGCUAAGGUUGCUUUAUGUCUCUUCUCUAAGAUGGAGAGGGUGGGGAUUCGACCCAAUUCCAUUACUUACAUUGGAGUUCUUUGCGCUUGUUCACAUGGAGGAUUAGUGGAACAGGGAAAAAACCAUUUCAAUAGAAUGACCCAAGUUUAUGGAAUUGCCCCUAAAAUAGAGCACUAUGGUUGUAUGAUUGACCUUUUAGGACGGGCAGGACUUUUAAAAGAGGCAAUGAGUAUGAUUCAAAGUAUGUCUAUGGAACCUAGUGCUGGUGUAUGGGGGGCCUUGUUUAGUGCUUGUAUGAUACACAAGGAUGUUGAGCUAGGUGAGAUUAUAGGAAAGCAUCUCAUCAAGUUGCAACCUCAUCAUAGUGGUAGAUAUAUGCUUCUCGCCAACUUGUAUGCAUUAGACGAUAGGUGGGAUGAUGUAGCCUACAUAAGGAGAUUGAUGAAAACCAAAGGGGUUGAAAAGAUCCCAGGUUGUAGCCUGAUAGAGGUGAAUGGUGCCAUUCAUGAAUUUGUAGCAUUGGAUAUGUCACAUCCCAGUUUCAAAGGAAUUUAUUUAAUGCUAGAUGCAAUCAAAAUGGGCCUGAGAGGAGCUGGUUAUAUGCCAAACACAAUUCAAGCAUUUGCUUGACACUGAUGAAGAAUAAAGGUAGCAAAGAUUCUUUAUUCUAACGUGAAAAAUAAGAUCACCCAAGCAAGUGAUUCUUGCAUUGGCCAUCCAUAUGCCAUCCCUGGUGAACCCAAGCAGCAGUGAUCCAUCGAUUCUCCUAGAUGGUUCAUGAGGGCAGAGCAGACAUUUUCAAAAGCAAUGGCCAUAAUGGGAGCAGGCCAAAGUUGUCGUAUUUUGAUGAUCUAGCACUAGUUAUAUAUUUUUUUGUAACUGCAAGGAUGCUUUACUUAUUUCUCCCUUGUCUUUUCAACAUGUUCAAAAUUGGGGAACUAACAUGUAUAUGAUACUUUCAUUAAUUUAGGGAAGAUAAUUGACCGUUACAUGGAGACCCAUAUGGCUCCAACGGUGGAUUCCAAUGAGAAUUAUUCAUCUGGCAAUGCUUUGUUUGGAAAUACAGAAUUGGUUGGCAUGCAUCCCC